UGAUUCUGAAAGUCAAGAAACCAGUUUUAUUCGGAUUAAGCUCUACAAACUGAAGCCAUCACCAUGAAAAUAGUUCCAAGAACUCGUUUCUCUCUUCUUGUUCUCCUUCUGCUUCACAUUUUUGUGUUUUCUUUACUUCCAUUGAAGAUUGCUUCCUCGCCAAGAACACAAGCAGAGGCUCUGAUCAAAUGGAAGAACAGCUUGGCCAUGGAACCAUCAACUCUGGAUUCAUGGUCCAACAACAAUAUCAACAAUCUCUGCAACUGGACUAAUGUUGUCUGCGAUGGCUCCACUAGAGAAAUCUCACAAAUAGACCUCUCAAACUUGAAACUGAAUGGAACACUGGACCAGUUCAACUUCUCUCCAUUCCUUAACAUCACUGUCUUCAACCUCAACAACAACGGUUUCUCUGGUUCCAUACCAACAGCCAUUGGUAAUCUCACCAAGCUCACUGUGUUGGACUUGAGUGACAAUUAUAUUAAAGGACAGAUACCAGUGGAGAUAAGCCGGUUAACAGAGCUUCAGUAUCUCAGUCUGUUCAACAAUUUUCUUGAGGGGCCAAUCCCUUACCAGCUCACCAAUCUACCAAAGGUAUGGUACUUAUCUCUUGGAGUAAACAAGUUGGAGAAUUCUGAGUGGUCUAAAUUUCCAAGAAUGCCUUUGUUAACCUACCUUGAUCUAAAUUUGAACAACUUUAAUUCAACAUUCCCAGAUUUCAUAACAAAGUGUGGAAACUUGUCCUUCCUAGACGUGUCCCGAAAUAGUUGGACUGGCCCAAUUCCAGAAUUUAUAUUUUCCAAUCUGGGCAAACUCCAAUCUUUCAAUCUCACUAAUAAUCAAUUUAAGGGACCUUUGUCAUCAAACAUUUCAAAGCUUUCUCAGCUCACACACCUUCAUUUGCCAAAUAACCUUCUCAGUGGUGAAAUACCUCAAGGAAUCGGUCUCCUACAUAAUCUUGAGGUUCUUGAAUUGUAUGAAAAUUCCUUCAGUGGGAGAAUUCCUUCUUCUAUUGGCCAACUCAAGAAUCUCUUGCGUCUUGAUCUACACAAGAAUUUAUUAAACUCAACAAUUCCUUCAGAGCUUGGUUCUUGUACUAAGCUCGUUUACUUGGCUUUGAGUGCAAAUAGUCUCCGUGGUGAAUUGCCUUUGUCAUUAUCCAAUCUGAAUAGUAUCACAGAAAUUGGCUUAUCAAAUAACAAACUUUCAGGCCCUCUCUCCUCAGCCUUGAUCUCUAAUUGGACUGCUCUCACCUCAUUGCAAGUGCAACACAACAGCCUCAGUGGGCACAUUCCAAAAGAAAUUGGGCUAUUGAAGAACAUCACCUUGAUUUACCUGUUCCGAAAUUACUUGAGUGGUCAAAUUCCCACAGAGAUUGGAAACUUGAAGGAACUUAGUGACUUGGAUCUUUCUUCAAACCAUCUCACGGGUCCAAUUCCAACUUCUCUGUGUAACUUAAGAAAUCUCUUUUCUGUGCAACUUUUCUACAACAAUCUUAACGGAACCAUUCCACCAGAGAUUGGAAACUUGAAAAAACUAGCAAAGUUGGAUCUUUCUUGGAACCAUCUUAAUGGUCCAAUUCCAACUUCUCUAUGGAAUCUCAAAAACCUCGUCUCUGUGAAACUUUUCCACAAUAAUCUGGUUGGAACCAUCCCACCAGAGAUUGGAAAUCUAGUAUCACUGUCAACUUUUGAUGUUAACACCAACAGACUCUCAGGAGAGUUGCCGGUUAACAUUUCCAGCCUCAGCAACUUGGAGAGGUUCUCUGUUUUCACCAAUAACUUCACAGGAACAAUCCCCAGAGACUUUGGGAAGAACAGUCCUAAGUUGACAUACAUUAGCUUUUCAAACAACUCAUUUUCCGGAAAGUUGCCACCAUAUUUGUGUAAUGGGUUCAAGCUAGUGAAUUUGACUGUAAACAACAACAGCUUCACGGGACCAUUGCCCGAGUGCCUAAGAAAAUGCACCAAUUUGAAGAGAGUAAGGCUUGACGAGAAUAAUUUCACAGGAAAUAUUACUGAUGCUUUUGGUGUUCACCCCGCUCUUGAUUUCGUUCGACUAAGCGACAACCAAUUUGUUGGUCAAAUUUCAAGUACGUGGGGGAAAUGUGUGACUCUCACCAAUUUACAGAUGAGUCGAAACAAAAUCUCUGGUAAGAUCCCACCUGAACUCGGGAAUGCAAAAAAUUUGCAAGUUUUGAGCUUAGAGUCUAACGAGUUAAUUGGGGAAAUUCCAACUCAACUGGGAAACCUCAACAAGUUGUUCCUUCUCACCCUCAGCAAUAACCAUUUCACAGGGAGCAUCCCUCGAAGCCUGUCCAAUCUAACUAAGCUGGAAACUCUUGAUGUAUCUGCGAACAAUGUUUCUGGGACCAUUCCAACUUGGCUCGAGGAUUAUAAAUUUUUGUCGAGCUUGAAUCUAAGUCACAACAAGUUUUCUGGCGAAAUACCUCAAGAGCUUGGCAACUUGGGCUCGUUGAAGUACAUGUUGGAUCUCAGCAGCAAUUCUUUCACUGGAGAAAUCCCAUCAAACUUGGCCAAGCUUUCAUCACUGGAGAUCCUUGACGUCUCACAUAAUAAACUCUCCGGCAAUAUCCCAUCGUCGUUUUCCAGCAUGGUUAGUCUAGUUUCGGUCGAUUUUUCCUACAACAACUUGACGGGUCCAAUCCCAAUUGGGAAACCUUUCGAAAACGAGAACGCCUUCUUGGGAAAUCCUGGCUUAUGCAGAGACACUGAAGGGUUCAACCUCAAUCUGUGUAGCCCAACGUUAAACAACAAAUCAAGCAACAAGAUUCUUAUAGGGGUUCUUGUUCCCGUCUGUGCUUUGAUAAUACUUGCCAGUGUGACUGUUAUAAUUUGCUUAUUGCAUCAGAAAGGCAGACUCCUCGACGAUGAGAACCGAAGCAAUGACAAGUUCGAAAAAGAAUUAAAGUUCACUUUCCGGGAAAUUGUUAAUGCCACUGAGGACUUCUCCGAGAAAUACUUCAUUGGAAAAGGAGGAUUUGGUAGUGUGUAUAAGGCUGUUCUAUCUUCGGGUACUGUUGCUGUCAAACGUUUGAACGUGUCCGACUCGAACGAAGUCCCGAAGAGUUUCCUUAACGAGAUAAAGACUUUGACUGAAGUCAGGCACCGAAACAUCAUAAAGCUAUAUGGAUUUUGUUCAAGGAGGGGCUGCAUGUACUUGGUGUAUGAAUACAUACAGAGAGGAAGCUUGGCAAAAGUUUUGUAUGGCUUAGACAGUGAAGAUCUUAUCUGGGAAACAAGGAUGAAAAUCGUUCAAGGCCUGGCUCAUGCGCUUGCUUACCUACACCAUGACUGUUCUCCGCCCAUUGUCCACCGAGAUGUCACCUUGAACAAUACACUUCUCGAGUGGGACUUUGAGCCUAAACUGUCGGAUUUUGGCACAGCCAGAAUGUUGAACCCUGACUCUUCUAAUUGGACUAACGUUCAGGGGUCAUAUGGCUACAUGGCACCAGAGCUGGCGCAGACAAUGCGUGUAACAGAUAAGAGUGAUGUGUAUAGUUUUGGAAUUGUGGUAUUAGAAUUAAUGAUGGGAAGGCACCCUGGGGAGAUGCUGGAAUCACUAUCAGCAUCAACAAGAGGAUUGUCAAAUGGUACUGAAUUGCUUCUCAAGGAUGUCUUAGACCAGAGGUUGCCUCCUCCAGAUGGGGAAUUGGCUAAGGCAGUGGUGUUCAUGGUGACUAUAGCCUUGUCAUGCACUAGAACCAACCCUGACAAGCGGCCAAGCAUGCGGUUCGUGGCACAAGAGCUAUCGGCUCGCAUUCAGCCUUACCUCUCUGAACCCUUUGGCUCCAUUACCAUGAACAAGUUAACGGGCUUUCGAACGUGAGAAGAAAAUGUGGAUGGAUCCUGUUCGACCAUCGACCACAUAAUUAUUGAUUCGUCAAAUCUCGCGAUUAGGUGCGACCAAUCUGGUCGCGUACUUUCAUUCACUUCUUUUGGGAUACACAAUCUUGUAAUAAUUGCAUUAAUUAUUAUGUUCCUUUAUUACCCUUGAUACGCAGAUCUUAAUUGUAAUUAAGGUCCAUCGGCCCAUGUAACCCCAUUGAGCCUAUAAAUAAGAAUCAAAGGACUCAAGGAAAGGACUUUUGAAUUUUGAAUCUUGGUACUCAGAGAGAAGCAUAUAGUGUGAUUGUUCAUCGAGAUUGUAAUCUCCCAAGGCUUGUGAAACUCGUGAACCUAGUUCAUUGAUCACAAUAUUGAGAUUCAAUAUCAAUAAGAACACUAAGUGGAGUAGAUCAUUACCAUCCAUCGAGGCCGAAUCACUAUAAAUCAUUUGUGUCAUUUGCUUUCCA